AUGGGAGGGGUGAAACACAGCAUCGUGUUUCCGUUUACCUCCGUCUUCGUUGUGAGAAAAGGCAUUGGUGGAGGCGUACAUGAGGCAGACCGCCUUAGUGGUGAAACAAUUCUCUUUGACGGUGACCCGCCGCACAUAAACGGUGCCCUUCGUUCUUCCAUUGUUGCGUCAUUUGUUCGUGGGUGCGAUAUCCGCGCCAGUUUUGCACUCUUUCCUGACUGUGAUGAAGAACGUGAGCGCUUCCGUUGUGGAUGUGCCGAAUGUAUUGCCUCUCUUUGCGCCGCGGGAACUGGAGACGUCACACGUGAGGCAGUUGCAGAGACGCCGCGGUACGACAUGGAACGUGGGAAUGACCGCCCCCGCGUCCUCAGCUUUGCACCCGGCGGAAGCGGCAAACGACGGCUACGCUCGCGGCUCAGCGGGCGUGAACGUGGCUCGGAGUUCACCAUUGGUGCAGAGCGAGAUGAUUUCUUCACGGCGUCAGUGUCGGGGAGGAGGAGUUGCGGUGCUGGAGAGAUGCUCUUGCCGCUCUUGUUGUUGCUCAUUGGCAGUGAUCUGGUGAUGCCAAAGUGCAUCGCAGGCGGCUUCGUAGACUCCCUACGCAUCAACUCCAGGCGCCGUCGCAUGCUUUCUUCUCUGUGGAGAUGCUGGGAUUGCGUCGUCGUGAGGAAACGCCGCGGCGGCUGA